AUGACCGAAUCGGAGACGAAGACUACCGGCGAAGAAGUACCGGCACAGUCGGAACCAGUGGAGCUCUCGACGAACGAGGCGGCCAUCAUCCGUCAGCUGGAGUACUACUUCGGCGAUGCCAACCUGCUGAAGGAUAAGUUUCUGAAGGAGCAGAUCAAACUGGACGACGGCUGGGUUGCGCUCGAUGUGCUGUUGACCUUCAAACGGCUAAAGGCUCUGAGCGAGGAUAAGAAGGUGAUUGCCGAUGCGAUCGAAAAGUCCUCCGAAGGGUUGGUCGAGGUGAGCGAGGAUCGGGAAAAGUUGCGCCGCCAUCCAGAGCGCCCCAUUCCGGAGCUGGACGAGGAAACACGCAAGGAACUUUACACGCGCACGGUGUACGUGAAGGGUUUCGCGCCACAGGACGGCACGAACAUGAACGAGUUGGUGGAGUUCUUCCAGCCCUAUGAAAAGGUGACCAACAUCGUGAUGCGCAAGUACCACGAUAAACCGACCAAAAAGUAUCUCUUCAAAGGCAGCGUAUUCGUGACGUUCGUCAGCACGGAGCAGUGCGAAAAGUUUCUUGCGAUCGACAAGCUCACGUACAAGGGCAAGGAGCUGAUUCGCAAAAUGCAGAACGAUUACUUCGUGGCGAAACAGGCCGAAAAUAAGGAGCGUGCCGAGAAGAUCGAGCAGCGUAAACGAAAGAAGGAGGAAGCGCAAACUCUCGCCACGGCCCAUCUGCCGACAGGUGCGAGCGUCUUCCUCGAGGGUCUCGGAACGGACCCGUCACGAGAGACAUCACGGGAGACGAUCAAGGAAGCGAUCAAAAAACUGGACGACACGCUGGAGUUUGCUUUUGUUGAUUUCAAGAUCGGCGACAAGAGUGGAUACGUGCGCUUCAAUCAGGAGGGGGCCGGAAAGCGAUUUGUCGAGAAGCUGACCGACAACAAGAUCAAGAUCGACGAUUCGGACGUAACGGUCGAACUGCUGGUCGACGAGAAAGAAGCCGAGUACCUGAAGAAGGUAGUACAGGACCAGCAGGCCAGGCGCAAAGGUGGUAAUGCGAAGGGUAAAGGUGGCCGAGGACAUCGGGGUAACAAUCACAAAAAUUUUGGUGGCCAAAAGCGAAAACGGGAGGACGGUGAAGAAGAUAAAGCGGGGAACGAACCGCCCGUUAAGAAAGUGGAAACUCCGACAGAAAGCAAGAAACAGACCGUCAACAGUGACUCAACAACAGUGGAGGCCGAGUAGAAGUGGUGAAGAUGGUUAGGACGUUAUUUUAUAACUGUACGUAUCGUAAGUUAACACUUUUGCAACUGUACCUUUAAGUGAUUUUCUCCGAUUCAAUCUACCGUUUUUCGAUGUCAGAGAAAUGCAGCAUGUAUAAUUUACAUAGAACGAUGUGAAAUAUAUGAA